AUGGCUCAGGGUAAUCUAAAGCUUAAGUCAAAGGCAAAGGCCAGAGUUACCAAGAAACAACAAAAUCCCCGCUCUUCGGCUCCGAAGAUCAUCAAACCCAAGAAGGCAUCUGCUAAACAAGCGUUCAAGCUCCUGAAGUCUCUUAGUGGUCUGGCUGGAACGGAAAAGUUGAUUGCUAGUAGGGUCGGUCACUUGGAACUCAUCAAGGGAUCCAGAAGAGAAUCUAAGUUGGCUGAGCAGGAAGAGCCUCAAGAUUUAGGAAAUGUCGAAUGCAGAGGUUCAGUGAAUAUAGCUGAUGUGAAGUCUCAAGAUAAAGAUUCACAGUAUAAACAGACAACUGAGGUAUUUGCUCAGGAUCCCCGUGCUUUGGACCCCGACGCAGUGGCAGACGAAGCUAAGAGACUCAGGAAGUCCAAACGGAGACAUGAAUAG